AGCGAGACUGGCGUGUGAAUGAGAGCUCUCGGAGAGGCAACGACUAUAACUUUCCCUCUUUAUGCCCCUCAACCUCCACCCCCUUCCGGACUCUUUGCAGAAGUGUGCACAGCCCCAGUAGACCGCUGUGGGAUGAGGACUGAGGUAAUGCCAAGGAUAUUUGCGUCCAGUAACAAUGUAAUAAACUCGGGUAAUGUGUCUACCAAAUCCCAGCUGGACCGCAGUAGCUGUUUCUUGGUAACCUUUUUUGUUUUGGGCAAGGUGGAUCAAAUAAAUCAAAAUGGUUUUUAGUGAGCGCCUUUCCUUUGAGCACAGAAUACGCACGGCCGUUUUGGCACUACUGCUUUGCGCACAGGCCGGUUUUGGCUUCUCAGUCGCCACACAGCAGGAAAGCACCUGCGAGGCCAACGGCAGCAUAUACUUUGUAGGGGAAUGGUAUUUUCUGGACUCUGAUCACUGCACCCAGUGUGAAUGCACCACCGAGGGCUCCGCAUGUUCCCGCACUGAGUGCACUUCGCUCCCGGCUGCAUGCAUCCAUGUCAGCCACUACCCCACCGACUGCUGCCCCAGGUGCGAGAAGAUCGGGUGUGAGUACCGAGGAGUGGUGUACGAACUGGGAAGGAACUUCCAGCCAUCAGAAUGUGAGCAGUGCACUUGUGACAGUGAUGGCAUCGCCCGCUGUCUAGUUGCAGAUUGUGCCCCUCCACCAUGUGUCAACCCUGUCUACCAGCCUGGGAAAUGCUGCCCUGAAUGCAGGGAGGGUCCUAACUGCUACGUUGAUGCGUCACGUAGCCAGGUGAUCCCUGCAGGAGAGCCCAUCUGGGUCGACUCCUGCACCAAGUGUCGUUGUCACGAUGGUCAGGAUGCCGGCUACUGGGAGGGAAACCGUCUCGCCACCUGUUCCCGCAUCAAAAACUGUACGCUUGAACAACAGUCUACCAAAAAAAACUGAUUCCUUCUGUCAGCAGAGAACCAGCUGUUACCCUAAAGUAUUCAGUCUGUCCCUGAUGGCUACAUCAACUACACAGCUUCAACCCUUUAAGAGCAUGCUGAACCUUCCUGUGCUGCUGAAAUGGAUAAUCUGCAACUUCAAAAAUUCAAAUUCUGUUUUUUGAAAACAAAACUUAACAAAAAAACCAAUAAAUCUUUUAAAACAAACACCAAAAGCCAUCAGAACAGAUAUGCUGCCAUUCCACAAGGACUUUUCAACCAGGGUUUCUGCAAUAUUGAAGAGACCCACUGAAUUUGUCCACUUUGGUGGACGAGGCAACCAAUUAUCAGAACAUAGCUAAAUGUUACAAACAAUGUUGAAAUUCAAAGCUGAUUUGACAGACCGGUUAAAGCUCAAGGUUCUCAGAAUGUCAGUGGGUUUUGGGAAUUUGAUUACCAGCAAAGUAAAAUAUCAACAAAGACAAUAUAUAAUAGUGGUCCUGUUAUGUAGAUGGACUCACGCUCAGUAUCUGCAUAUAAUAACUUUAUUAGUUUAGAAUAUAUUGUGCUUCCAUAUUGCAUAUUACUACAUUUAGUUGUGUUUAAUCAAAGUACGACAAAGUGAGUACACAAUGCAUAGAGGGUGGUUGGUGGAGUAUCAAUCCCUGAUACCUGAAUCAAGAAGAACAGACUUUAUCUUGUUUUUCAAGAAGAUGGUUUGUAGUCCUUGUAAACCACGGAUAAAAGAGAAAUUAUUAAGGAAAUCAAAAAAAAAACUCUCUCCAUUUAAUAGUAUGGACUGCAGUGAUGUAAAGAUAACAUGCUUUAUUUAGAGGGUCUCAAACACCCUCAACCCUUGAGCCUUACAUGAUAUAAUUAUACUAUUAUUAAACAAUUUUGAUGGGAACUAGAACAAACUUGGACUUUGAAAGAUGACCGCACUCCAGAUAUGUACCAUUUAUAUUUUAUAUGCCUGUCCACGGUUUCUUUCAAAAAGUUUUUAGAGUUUUUAAGAGGGAGAGAAUAGGAAACUUUUAUACAAGCUAGUUACCCAGGAGGCAUACUUUUUAAUUUCCAGGCACCUGCUUUGGGACACAACUGGCAACAUAACGAGGCCAAUGAGAUUAUUGGAUGAUAAGAUAUUGUAAUUGACCUGUCACGGGUUGAUGCACCAGCCAAAUGUAUGCACAGCUGUGAUGCAAUUUAGACUAGGAAAUGGCUUAGCAAAGCAAUUAACAAUUUGUAACUGUCCUAUAAAUUCUACAGUUCAAUAUCCAGGCUAAUUGAAAUAGAAAGUAUGAGAAUAUGGCCUAACAUAUGACUCCACAGUAGUUAUAGUAAGAAGCGAUAUUUAAAAGGGUUGUUAUUUGUGCAUGUACAACGUAUAGAGAAGGAAAAACUAAUCAACUGCUUUAUUAAUUUCUCAUUAGAAAUAAUGUGUAAACUUUCUUAGAAAUAGCUGCCUGCUAUUUCCACUGUUACUAAAGAAAUUGAUCUUCUUUAUAAAGAUCUUCAGAGUAUGAUGAAAGAGAAGGGUAUUGUCAUUUUAUAUAGGUUUAUAUGCAGCAGAUCUUCCUACUGUUAUUUGUCAUUAUCUACCAAUUUAAUCAUGAGGGAUCUUGAAAUAAAAGCCUACAAUGAUAUUUUCUUGUUAUAUGUCACAUGCAGGGUUGAUGCCUAUAAUGGCAUUUCUGUACUGGAUAAAUAAGACUCCCAAGCUGUUGCUUUAUUAAGUACUGUCGUUACAACUGACGCGUUUCAAUGCCCUAAUUCUCCCUGAAAAGCUUCUUUAUGCAAGUUUGUGAGUAAGAUGAAACCUUUAGGGUUAUGAACACCUUUUAAAUCUUAUUUUAUCAGGCUUUAUGAAUGAAUACACUCUUAUUACAUUUACUUAAGGGGAGUAUUCAAAUCAAACAGUGACAAGACUGAAUGGUGGCCGUAGAAUAUGAUUUAUCAUCUUAAUUAUCAAAUAAUCAGAAAGACACUAGGUUAAAGGAAUAGUCUGACAUUUAUGUCAUAUGCAUAUUUUAUUUCUUGCUGGGAGUUCAAUGAGAAGAGUAGAUUCAAUCUUCUCAUCAAACUCUCAG